CGCGGAAUAUUCUUAUGCCCUCGGGCAACUUAAUUUGAUCUUUGUUAGUCACUAUCGACGUAAGCUUUGAAAAUACGAGAUUCAUUGUAGAUUACGUGCAGCGAAUAUAGGCGUUUAGGUUGUAAAUCCGGAAAUACAGCAGAGAUUUCUUUCGGAUUGUCACUCGUUAGCCAAAUCUAAUGUUAGAAAUGUCCGAUAAACUAAUGUUGAAGUCGUCAACUGACUCGGCGUCAGUCUCAAGUUUCAGGACUUCGUCUGACAGUUUCUGUCAGUCUACCAUCAAGAAUGGCUACCCUGAGACAGUGUUUUCAUCAAACACUUACAACAACACCCUUUUACUAGGGUUCAAUGACCUCCGAUCAAACAAUUUGCUUUGUGAUGUCACACUUAUUGCUGGUAGCAACCGCUUCCCUGUCCAUCGUGCUCUUCUCGCAUCAUGCAGUCCGUACUUCAAGGAAAUGUUCACAAAAGACACUCAGAAUGCUGAAAUUUGUCGCAACGACGGGGCAAAGUAUACUUGGUUUUCUGAGUCGAUUGAACUCAGAGGCAUCAGCAGUGAUGGACUGAAGCAUAUUGUUGAAUUCAUGUACACUGGUCGUCUUCCAAUAACAAUGCAGACAGUGCAGAACAUCCUGGCUGUAGGAAGACAUAUGCAGAUCCAGGUUGUUCUCGACUUCUGCAUGGAGUUUCUGAUCUCAGCCAUAGAUGUGAACACCUGUGUUGAUAUCAUCCAUAUUGCUGAAGUCUUUACAAUGGGUUUGCUCGAAGAGAAGGCUUACAAGUUCAUGCUGGAAAGAUUCCCAGAUUUCAUCAAAUCGAAUCAACUACAGAAAUUGACUUUCGAAAACAUGAAUUUUCUUCUUGAAAACAAUGAUUUGAAAGUCAUGUCUGAACUUGAUGUCUUUGCUGCCACAUUGAAAUGGAUCAUGUAUGACCCAUCCAGACAAGCUUUCAUUCGUAAACUGAUGGAGAAGAUUCGCUUCCCUCUGAUGCCACCUAGGGACUUGAUGGUUCAUGUGAAUGUUGUUGACUUUAUGAGGACUAAAUGCAACGAUCUGUUACUUGAGGCAAGCAGUUACCAUAUGCUUCCUCAUUCUCAACCAAUCGUGCCUUCUUCUCGUACCAGAGUCCGAUCCAAUGAUACAAGACUGGUUGUACUGGGAGGAGCUGACAACACGGAUGAAGUAUCAAACCAAUUGAAAGUAUUCAAUCGUGAGCUGACUGCAUACACACUUCUUCCGAGUAUGGAUACAGGAGUUCACUCCCAUUGUGUCGCUGUGCUGAACAAUUUCCUUUACAUUCUCGGAGGUCAAAACCAUUUUGAAGAGAGAGGAAAAACUGCUGUUACUACGGUUACCAGAUAUGAUCCUCGUUUCAACACUUGGAUGAAGAUUGCAAGUAUGAACGAACGUCGUGCAGGAUUUCACGUCAGUGCUAUUCCAGCAUACAAUCGUCUCUAUGCUGUAGGAGGAGUGAAUUCCGUUGGCCGAAUGUCUUCCGUUGAGUGCUACUGUGUGGAAGAGGACAGAUGGAAAUAUGUUGCUUCUACCCAGAAUGCAUUAUGUGAUCAUAAUGGCUCUGUUCACCGUGACAAACUCUACGUGAGCGGCGGAUUCAGUGACGGACAUUUCAGUGACGCUAUGUUGUGUUAUAAUCCCAAGCAUGAUAUCUGGGAGCGUCGAUCACCAAUGCAGUAUGCAAGAGGAUGGCAUAGCCAAGUUACUCUGAAGGAUAAGAUUUAUGUGAUUGGUGGGAACACAGGAAUUAACAAACGAGUGGAUGUUCUGGACACUGAAGUCUACAGCCCAGAUUUUGAUCAGUGGACGACUGUAACACCUAUUUCUAUGGGACAGAGUGAAGCUGGAGCUACUGUGCUUGACAGCAAGAUAUAUGUUGUGGGCGGAUAUUGUUGGGCUGCUCGACGAUGCAUAAAGGUCAUUCAGACUUACGACCCUGACAAGGAAGAAUGGGAACGUGUCGGAAAUCUUCCUCGUGGACUGGCUGGUUUGAGACUAUGUACUUUGACCUUGCCACAUCACCUUGUUCGAUAAAUCAAAAAAACAAUCUAUCUGGAUUUUUAAAGUUCUUAGAAUUUAAAUUUAUUUUGUUGCAUUUAUCCUAUAACUGUAAAAAGACCACACUUGGGGAAAAAUAUCAUGUUUUUCCAAGCAUAAUACGCACAAUAGAUAAGACGAAGGUCUAUUUUACCACACAGAUCUCCAGAAAUUUUCGAUCUCAAUGCGUAUCGAUUUCCCCAUUUUUCUCUUGCGUUGCCGGAUGUCUUUUUGCAUUGAGGCUAAAUUUUUCCGAUAUUUUCUAUGUCAAUGCAUAAUAUGAGCCACUCAUUCUGAAGAUAAAAUUAGAUCUGUAAGCGCGUAUAGAAAUAUGCUAACUUUGAGCCAUUUGGAAAGGACUUUAGCUCCAAACUGUGGGGAAAUUAAAUUUUGAUAGAAAUAACUUUAGCGAAUAUAACCCUUCUAUACCUGUCAGUUAUGAAUGCUUAGGCGACUUAAUGCUUUUUUGAGUUUCUAUUGGAAACUUAGUACCCUUAGAAAAUACAACUCCGUCUCAAAACUGAUUCAUAGAUCUUGUUGAAUACUGAAAGCGGGUAAAGUCUGACUGAAAAAGCAGAGCUUGCUUGCGUUCAUGAUAUUUUUGAUGGAAAAGUGUGCUAAAUUGUUUUAGCUUCCCUAGAGUAUGUUGAGAAUGGAAGACUUGUCCUAUUUACUAUCAAGCCACUUCUUGAAGGUACCCCUUUCACAGGGAUUGUGUAUUGUUUCACCAUUUUCAAGUACUUGUCCAUAUUUUGCUUUCAUCCUCUUAUAGAAAGUCAUAUCACAUUGUAUUGUUAACUAUUUUGAAUACAGAUGCAUUCAUUGUGCAAUUCUCAUGAAUAUUUUUGCACUUAUUAUCAGAUUUAUUAUAAAGAAAAUAGAUUUGCCUGACAUUAUGUCAAGAUUUGCAAAAGCUGAUGAUCGAAAUUUUAUUAUUGACUAAAAAAAUCUUUGAAAUGUUGAAGUCCUGAGUCUUUGACUGUCAAAUAAUAAUUUUGUCAAUUUUUGAGUCUCAAUUCAUAUUUUUCAAAUUUUGUGUCUCGUAAUAAUCAGAGAUCGAAAUUUUUAACUCUUCUCCCGCAACUUUGAGAUCUUAAUAUGAAGAAUAGCUAUACUGCUGUGUAUAUUUUGAUGUGCCUUAGUUUUUUUCUCUCUGUAUUAUAUUUAUUUCAGAUUGUAAAAAUCAUGAAUAAAAAUAUUCAAAUUGA